AUGGUUAAUGAGCUACCCACCGAUCAUGCCGAUUUACCAAAGAAGAACAACGAGGACUCUAUAUCCAGAGAUGAUGGUGCGAAUCAAUAUGAUAUCAAUGGCGAGGAGAAGGGGGUUGCUGGUGAAAUGAAUCAGUUGCCUGAUCUACAGCGCAGACUCAAAAGCCGACAUCUGUCAAUGAUCGCAAUUGGUGGUACGAUAGGAACCGGACUAUUCAUCGGUAGUGGAACAGCAAUCUCCUACGCAGGGCCUGUUGGGGCACUCCUCGCUUACAUGUUUGUUGGCUCAAUUGUGUAUUCUGUCAUGACGUCGCUCGGAGAAGUUGCAACCUUCCUGCCUGUAUCUGGAGCAUUUGCUUCCUACGCGGCACGUCUGGUGGAUCCGAGUCUUGGCUUCGCAAUGGGGUGGAUCUACUGGUUUUCAUGGGCAUCAACAUUUGCACUCGAAUUGACUGCCACGGGAAUGAUCAUUCAGUAUUGGGAGAACUCUAUCCCUAUUGCUGUUUUCAUUGCAGUGUUCUGGGUUGUGAUCAUCGCUUUGAAUAUGAUGCCGGUUAGUUACUACGGCGAGGCCGAAUUCUGGCUAUCUAGUGUCAAGGUAAUUACCGUGGUUGGUUUCAUGAUUUUUGCCAUCUGUAUGAAUGCUGGAGUUGGCAAGGAAGGAUAUAUUGGCUUCCGAUACUGGGUCCAUCCAGGUCCAUUCAACGCCUAUCUGCUCACCAAUCCCGAUCAAGAUGCACUAGCAAAGUUCAUCGGCUUCUGGGCCGUUUUAAUUAAAGCCGGAUUCUCGUAUCAAGGUACAGAGCUGGUUGGUAUCGCCGCAGGCGAGACUCAGAACCCACGAAAGACAAUCCCCUCCGCCAUCCGUAAAUCAUUCUUCCGGAUUAUCUUUUUCUUUAUCUUGACGAUUUUCUUCAUCGGAAUUGUUGUUCCAUCUUCCGAUAAACGUCUCACUGGCAGUGAGGGAAGCGGUGCCAGUGCCAACAAUGCGAAUUCAGCACCUUUUGUCAUUGCUGCCAAGCGUGCUGGUGUGAAUGUGCUACCCUCUAUUAUCAACGCCGUUCUAUUGACAGUGGUACUCUCUGCCGCUAACUCCAAUGUUUACAGCGGUAGUCGAAUCCUGGUUGGUUUGUCUUACGAGGGUUUUGCACCCAAGUGUUUCGCCAGAACCACCAAGUGGGGAGUGCCCUACAUUAGCGUGGGAUUUACGGCGCUGUUUGGCCUUCUGGGCUUUUUGAAUGUGUCCAAUGCAGGCAGCACAGUCUUCAAUUGGCUAUUGCAAAUCGCCGGCUUGGCAGGGUUUAUUACCUGGACAUCUCUUAUCAUCUGCCACCUUGGCUUUAUGAGAGCGUUAAAGGCACGUGGUAUUUCAAGGGACACUUUGCCUUACAAGGCGACUUGGCAACCAUACUUGUCUUGGUAUGGACUCUUUUUCAAUGUCUUGAUUAUUAUCACACAAGGGUUUACUUCUUUUAUCCCCAGUUUCAGUGUGACGGACUUCUUCAUUAACUAUCUGAGUCUGAUAUUGUUUUCCGUGUUGUAUAUUGGGCAUAAGAUUAUCAUGCGGCCCUCAUUUGUGCAUCCGCUUGAGGCUGAUAUCGAUACGGGUCGAUCUGAGUUUGACGAAAUUUGA